AUGACUAGAAAAAAAGUGAAGCUCGCGUUGAUAGAAAAUGAUAACGCUAGAAGAGCUAGCCUAAAAAAAAGGCGGGUUGGAGUGGUGAAAAAGGUGGGUGAGCUUUGUACACUAUGUAAUGUGAGUGCUUGUAUUGUGAUCUAUAGCCCUGAAGAGAAAGAGCCAAGAGUCUGGCCGUCGGUGGAGAUGGCAGUGCAAAUGCUAAAUAGAUUCCGUAGAAUGCCAGAGAUGGAUCGAAACAAAAGGACGAUGAACCAAGAAUCGUACUUGAGAGAAAGAUCGAGAAAAACUGAAGAACAACUAAAGAAGAACCAGAGGAAAAAUCAAGAGAAAGAGAUGGUUAAUCUAAUUUGUAAGGUUCAUGAAGGAAACAACUUUGAUGAACUAAACCUGGGUGAACUCUAUGGUUUAGCAUGGUUAAUUGAGGAGAAGGUGAAGAGUGUCAACAAAAGGCUUGCAUUUCUUAAUCAUAUGACUAUCCCAGUUGGGUUAGAUCCUCUUUAUCCAACUCCUCAUGCUCAAGUCAUAUAUGAUCAAACCCAUGAAGUUGGAGGAAAUGAAGGGAACAACCAGGUGAGGGAUAUUAUUGAUAAUCAAGAUCAAGGUGCUUUCACGGUAGAACCAUGGUUGUUUGAUAUUAUGAACAAUAAUAAUAACAUUGAUGGAGGUUUUGGUAGUAUUGGAGAUAAUCCAACAACCAACGACAUAAAGACAUUACCGCACCAAAUUACAUAUGGUAGAAAUUCCAAUAAUAUAGGCAAUUCUGUUAGCAAUAAUGAUCAUCAAAUGGGACUGCAAGCUCCUCUUAAAAAUUUCAAGCUCCCACAAUCAUCAUCUGGUCUGGUUGAUAUUAUGGAGAUGCCUCUUUAUGAGAAUUCCAAAGGCCAUGACGCUACAUCUGUUGGAGACAUAAGUCAUUCAUCCCAUAUUCAUACUACUGAUUAUCCCAUUGGAAUUGCAUUUGAGCUAUUGCAACCUCCUGAUGGUGGACAAGAAGUUUUUAGUAUUAGUAAUGAAACGACAAUGUUAGACUAUGGGCAUUUGUUUGGAAAUGGUACUAGCAACAUUAAUGGUUCAUCGAGCAACAUGGGUCAACAAUUCUUUCAUGAU